CCUUCAUGCUCUCUCACCAUAAACAAAAAUCUAAUUCGAUGACCAAAAAAAAAAUAACAAAAACAAACCCAACGUGGGUAGUUUAAAAAUAAAAUUUUCGCUUUCUUUUGCAAACAUUUUUAUUUCAAAAAGAAGUCGUGUCGCAUAGUUCUCAAAAGCAACACAACAACAACUAUACAACCAAAAAUUAAAGAUAAAAAUAUUCAUUAUUUUGGAUUGACUUUUAAAUAACACACUUGGAUGACAGUCACGUUCGUUCUUUAGCAGUGUUUUGUGUGUUGUUUAGUGUAUCUCGCAGUUUCUAUAGAUACUUUUUUUCUGCGUUUAAAAUUCACAUCCAAAAUGCAAUUUUCUUAUAUGAAACUUGCAAUUUACGCAUUGACAUUCCUUACUUACGCGUACUCGGGUUACGGGUCGAGUACUAUUGCCAGUUUGCGUGAUGCAAUUAUCGCUGCAGAGGCAAUCUUUGGCGAUGUCUUUCACAAUGUAAUUACUGUGGCACGCAAGUUUAAAACUGUGCAUGAAGUAUUUGAUGCGGCAGUUGAUGAGAAUUGUGUAUUUACUUGUCCGGGUGAUGUGAAAUCCGUCCAAAACAAGAUGUACACACCGUCUUCUGAUGGAUGUGGUUCAUUGGGACUUUCUAUUAGCACAGAAUACUUACCAGCAGCUGAAAUGGGUGCUUGUUGCAACGAACAUGAUAUUUGUUACGACACAUGCAAUAGCGAUAAAGAAUUGUGUGAUUUAGACUUCAAAAGAUGCCUUUAUCGACAUUGUGAGACAUACGAUAAAACAAUUGCUAGUGAUAUUGUUAUAAAAAGUUGUAAAGGUGCAGCUAAAAUGUUAUUUACUGGAACAUUAACAUUAGGUUGUAAAUCAUUUUUAGACGCACAGAAACGAACAUGUUAUUGUCCACCACCGAAAGAGAAUAAAUAUCAGAAAAAUAAUAACAAUAAUAAUAAUAAUAAAAAUAAUAACAAUAAUAAUAAAAACUACAAAGAUAAAAAACAAAAAUAUGGAUGGAAGGAUGAAUUUUAAGUUGUAGUAGUCUUAAAGGUUUCUUGAGACUUUUGUGUGGUUUGGUGUUUAGUUGGGGGGAAGUAUGUAUCUACUUUUGUAGUA